GGGCUCCUGCCGAAGUGCGGUGUUUGCAAAGAUUCCGUCGCUAAUUGCGUGGCAGCCGGGGGGCUGCAGAAGGCUUGGUCAAGUUGGGAGCCGCCGAGCGGGGAGAGGAGAAGAGGCUGAAGGCGCGCAGAGAGGGGAGCGAGCUGGGAAGGCAGCACCGCCCGCAGCCAGCCCGCUCCCCGCCUCCGCUCCCGGCCGGCUCCGCGUCCCUUCCCCGCGCCCCGCGCUCCGGCGCCGCGCCCCGCUCCCUUCCCCUGCAGACUCCGCUCCGGAUCUGCUCGGCUGCCUGCAAACUUUUUUUGGCCUUUUCGAUUUCCCCCCCCCCUCCCCCCCUUUUUUUUUUUUUUUUCCCUCUUAUUUUUUGUCGGAGUGGAUUCCCCUAAAACCAUCCAACAACUCUCUGCUGCUUCUGCGCCUUCUUCAUCCUUCGCCCAGCGGAAAGGCGAUGCCGGCAGCCCUUUGACUCUUUUCGGCCGCAACUUGGGAGACAGAUCUAUUUUUCCCCCUCCUCUUUGGGGUUUUUCUCCUUUUGCCUCUCUCCCUUCUCCUUCCGCAGCCACACGCUCUCAGUGCCGGGUGUCACAGUUUCAUGCGCUUUUCCUUUCCCUUCCGCACAGAGAGGCAAUGUGUAGCAAAGCGCUCCUAGCCCUUCUGGUUUAUGGCAUAAUAAUGCAUUGCAGCGUCUACUGCUCACCCACCGUUGGACUCCAGUACCCGGCGCUCAGGCUGGAGGAGGAGGUGUACGACGAGGACGGGAACACCCUGCAGGACUUCGCCUACGAUCAGGAGCCGCUGGGGGUGGCCGGGCCGCCGUCCGCGCUGGGCGAGGUGUACGCGCUGUACUACCCGCUGGGAAAGAGGCACGCCGAUGGGAUCUUCAGCAAAGCCUACAGGAAAGUCCUGGGCCAGCUGUCCGCCAGGAAAUACCUGCACUCCCUGAUGGCCAAGCGGGUCGGCGGUGCCAGCAGCGGCCUGGGGGACGAGGCGGAACCGCUCAGCAAGCGGCACAUAGACGGCAUCUUCACGGACAGCUACAGCCGCUACCGGAAACAAAUGGCUGUCAAGAAAUACUUAGCGGCCGUCCUGGGGAAAAGGUAUAAACAAAGAGUUAAAAACAAAGGACGCCGAGUAGCGUAUUUGUAGCGAUGAGCAACCGCCGCUGCCGUGCGUAGUCCUGAGAGAGAGAGAGAGAGAGAUUGAGAGAGAGAGAGAGAGAGAGAGACCCAACCACCCAAACCCAAACAAAAGUCAUUUCCAAAGUGACGGAAAGACCGCCGCUCCCGUGUUCCCCAAACAUGUAUUUAUGUAUGAAGUAAAGCCAUUAAAUGAAUAUUUUGAUAAUAAUAUGGUUUUUCUUUUGUACGAAAGCACUAGAGAAACGCACAGAUCUACUUUGUGGACCAAUCCUUGAGUUAUAUAUGAGAUAUAAAUAUAUAUAUAUAAAUACUGCUACGAAUACUAAAGAGCGAUUCUUCAUACCAAGCUGCACCAGGACGAGAGUUCGCCUGAGCUGUUUAUGUUUUUAUAGAAAAUAAAUAGACGAAAAAAGACAAUCACCGCUUUGAACAGCGCUCCUAUUUUUGUAACGGAAACGAAAAGGGCACUGUUUUUAUUCGCCACGGGGGCGAAGACCUCAGUUUUCACCGUGUGCCGCUGUGCAUAGGGAGGGCUCAGCAGGAUGGGGUCCCCCCGGCCUCGAGAUUUCGAUCUCUCUCUCUAUUUUUCCCCCUUUUUCUUUGAUUCUGGUCCUAUCCGUAUCAGUGCCUCCUCGAGCGAUGAGCGCAGAGGAGGAUUCAGCAACAGCUCGAUGCAAAUUGUGCCUAUCGAAGGGAGAAUAGCUAAACGAGCAAACCAACAGCAACAGCAACAACAACAACAAAACAACCAAAAAUCAGACCCCCAAGCCCUCCAGGCCCCCCGAUGCCGACCCGCAGCGAGGACAGCGGGUGCCAAGCGCACCGCUCUCCCGGCUGCGGGCGGAGCGCCCACGGCGCAGUGCGGGGCCGUGCGGGGCAGAGGGAGCGGCCCCGCUCCCCCUCCGGUGCGGGCUGCGAAGCGCCGCGCGUGGCUCUGAGCUGCUCUCCGUGCUCCCCCCGCCCGCAGCCAGCGAGUCUCUCGCCUGUGCGUUUGUCGGUCGGAGUCGCUCUUUUCCUUGGAUUGUUUUGCUCUUUUCCCGCAGCCCUUCCCGCCUCUCCUCCUCUCUUGGCACUUUCCGAGCGCUGUUAAGCCGCCCGAGUCACCUUUUCAGGUUAUGUUCUUUUGGGGAAAAAAAAAAAAAUACCCGACAAAACGGUUGUGAACGCUCUCUCACUCCUUUGUUCUGUUUUAUGCAAGCUCUGUUGUACAAGUCUAGGAACCCCUGUUGUAGCUACCACUAAAGAAUUAUGCACUACGACGAACGUUUUUGUUCCUUGUUUAUUGAGUUUGGAGGUAAAAUUGUAUUUUUCUACAUUCUGGCUUAUUGCUUAGUAAAAUUGAUUUCAUAAAACCCACCUUUUGUCAUACAAGAAUGUGUAGUGUUCACCUGUGGUCCGGUUUCGAACGAGAUAAACCAUUUCCACCCCACCUCUCUCUGUACGGACUCCUGUCUCGGCGCGCACCCGCGGAGCGCUCGGGGCGGGCUCCGGAGGGGGACGCGGAGGGGCCGCUCCCAAAGGCACCGCCCGAGCCCGGGGGCGGCCCCGGCUCCUCACGCUGCGGGGCUGCGCUACGGGGCAGGGCCCGAUGGGGCGGGCCGGCUCCGAACCCCGCUGCCACAGCUUGGCCCGCCCCACAGCUUGGCCGAGGGACGCGGGGAGCGGUUUUGCAGCUUUCGUGCCUUCUCUUCACCUUGUCAAUCGCCACGAGUUGACGGAUGGCUAUCUAGUGGCCCUACGAUGCUGCAACACAUCGGCUUGCGUUUUAGUCGUACUUCUUUCUGUUCUUUGGCGAUGGGCAGAGUUUGCUGUGUUCGUGUCGGCUGUGGUGUGAUGCCAUAGGGCUCUCCUGAAGUUUUGUUUCUGACCUUCUCUGUUCGAGUUCCGUGGCUAGCUGCGAGCAUCACCAAGUGAUCACCUCGGUUAUCCUCUGUGUACUUUUUAGGAACGCCAACAGCCUUACCGAGCCUCGAGCAGACCUGAGACGCAGUGAUAGUUUAGGUAGAUGUUAGUCUCAGAGAACUUAUUUUGUGUGCAAAUGGAUAUAAAAAGAACUUCAGCAAAGUAUUAUGACACACCUGAUAUCUAUAAUUAGGACUUUGAUAACUGUUAUAUAAAGUGUGUAAAGUUUGUAUUAAUA